CAAAACUACAUAAGAGCAAUUGUUCAGAAGAAAUCAUUGCAAUGGCAAGAGGUCCAAAUAACGUUACAAAAAGAUUUAGUGGUUUUAUCAUAAAUGGAUUUCGGUUCCACACAAAGGAUAGUGAAAAGUUUCGUAAGACUCAAAAUAGUGGAGUUAUGGUGGAAGCAAAGGGGCAAACUUAUUAUGGUGCACUCACUGAUAUUUUUGAGCUAGAUUAUUUUGGGAAGUUUAAAGUUGUCUUAUUUCGUUGUGAUUCGGUGGAUGUUAGGUCACCAAGGGGUUUAAAGCAAGACGCGAAUGGAUCAACUCUUGUUAACUUUUCCAAGCUGAUACAUACUGGGCAAUUUUUGAAAGAUGAUCCAUUCAUAUUCUCAUCUCAAGCAAAACAAGUAUUUUAUGUGCAAGAUCCUAGGAAUGAAGAUUGGAAUCACGUUAUCUUGACAAAACCAAGAGACUUGUAUGAUAAAGGGGUGGAGAUGCAAGAAGAGGAUGACGAGACUUACACCCAAUGCUUGCUUUCUAAUGUUAUGGAUGUUGAUGAAUUAAAUGAUUGUACAAGUUGGGUUAGAAUAGAUAUUGAAGAUGGGCACUUGUACUUAAUUUAUCUUAUAUUAGCUUGUAAUAUGUAGAUUGUGUCUUUAUCUCUAUUAAAGUUACAUGACUCUAGUGUGCUAUUUCUUUAGUGAAAUGAUUCGGAACUUUUGAGUCAAUAUAAAUUAGUUAUUUAGAUAAUAUUGAAACUAAAAUUUUUUAGAGAAGUUGAAUUUUCUUUAUAUUUUCUUUUAUUUUACUCUCAUUUUGUAUGAAAACUUGAUAUUUUGAUAGCAUUUUUACUUUUCUACUGUCCUUUUUGGCAUUUUCUAAAUAUAUAGUAUAUUUUUAUCUUUUUGAAUAAGGUAAAGUACAUGCACACCUGCUGAAAAUAAGUGAUUUGGAAAGGACCAAAUUCCUGUAGAAGUAAUAUGAAUUGCUUUUUGAAGACAUCUCUAUGGUAUUAAAAUUAUGGCUAGAUCAAAGAGGUUGAGACAAUGUGAGAUCACAAGAGAGGAUGAAGUUCAAUUGAAUAGUAAUGAACCAUCACCUGUCUCACAAACACAGCAUAUCUUAGAACAUGAUGCAGAUGCAAGCUCAAAUAGUGAUUCUGAUUCUGCUUCUGAAAAUAAACCUCAAGUCCAAGAACAAGUCGAUCAUGAAUAUAAUGACACAUUAGAGAUAGAAGAUGACCAAGGAUACACAACGAAUAAACAAGGAAUGAUACGUGCGAAGGAUGUAUGGAACUUGCCUAAUGGGCAAAGAAUUGUAAUUAAAUGUAACAAAUUUGGGCAGCCAGUACAGAAAGGGGGUGGCAUCCUUGGAGGCUGGCUUGGGACUCUUUCACGAAAAGAAAAUUUCCGCUCUCUUAGCUACAAUAGUUGGAAGAAAGUGCCUAACACGGUGAAAACAGAACUUAUUCAACUAACUCGGACUAAAUUUAAACUGCCAAUGGACAAUAAUGUCAAUGCAUGGAUAUUAAAAUCAGUUAGUCGAAAAUGGAAGGAUUAUAAAUGUGAACUAAAAGCAAAAUACAUGAUAGAGGACUACACAAAGCAACAAAUAGUGAAUGUUGUACCCAAGGAAAUUGUGCCUCAACAGUGGGUAGACCUUGUGCAUUACUGGUUUUCGGAAAAAAGUCAGUUAUACUCUCGGAUAAGGCGGGCAUCACGUGCAAAACAUACAACUCCUCACAUAACAGGCUCUAUGUCUUUUGCUAGGAAAAGACAAGAAUUUGAAGAGAUAAAUCAAAGAGAACCUGGAUGCAUUGAAUUUUUUGCAGUUAAUCACAAAUCAAAAGAUGGGAGUUAUAUUAAUACUACAGCAAGUGACUUCGUAAGUGAUGCCAUGGUGAAAGUGAAUGCUAAUAUCACUUCAGGAUCUUUAGCUUCAGCUGUUGAGUUGGAGAAUGAUGCUUUCAUUGGCAUAAAGGGAAAAGAUCGAUAUGGUCGAGUAAGAGGGUAUGGGAUUGGUGUAGUGCCAACACAAGUAUCUGGACCACAAGCAUAUCUUGGAAGUGUUCGAUAUGAUGAUAAUACAGAAGAAGUACAAAGAUUGAAAUCAAAGAUACAACUGAUGCAAGAUUCAUAUGAGUCUAAAUUGGUUGGAAUGCAAAAAGAUUAUGAAUCAAAAUUAGACAUGAUACAUCAAAAUUAUGAAUCACGAAUGAGCGGGAUGCAAUAUCAGUUGAAUGAAGUCACCUCUAUAUUGUUAAACUUUGUUAGACCAUCUGAUAUUUUAGGUGCCGAGCAGAGGGGUCGUACAUCAACUUAGAGAGUUUUAUUCAGUUUCUUAUUUUGAGCUUUACUUGCAUUAAAACUCGAUAGUUUAUCAUAUAUAUUUUGUUAUGUUGAUCAUUUUGGGUUUUGUAUUUAGUGAAAUUGUUAUGUUGAUCAUUUUGGAUUUUAUAUUUAGUGAAAUUGUUAUGCUGAUCAUUUUGGAUUUUGUAUUUAGUGAAAUUGAAACAAUUCUGUACUAUCUUUUGUUUAAA